ACUUGUGGAUAUAUGGUUGAAUGAAAUGCUUUCUAAAACAGUGAUGUUACCAUACUCAUGACAAGCCAUCACAAGGUGCUACGCUGCAUGGUCUCAUAUCAUCAUUGAGUUGAAUUUGGUUGGCAGCACAGAUCCUAAUUAUCAUUUGCAUAUAUACAACUUAUAGAUCUCCAAGUGUUUCUGGUAAUACAUGACUUCGUGUUAUCAUUGUGUGCUAUCUCUGAAAAUUCUCUCAUCUUAUAGGUGGCAAGACGGUGUUUUGUCCCAGUCUUGCUUGGACAUGCCAUUGAUGAUGAUUUUAUACAUCCACACCAUUCAGAUCACAUUUUUGAUGCCUACAAUGGAGACAAAAAUAUCAUCAAAUUUGAUGGAGAUCACAAUUCACCACGUCCUCAAUUUUACUUUGAUUCUAUAACUAUUUUCUUCCACAAUGUUCUAGCCCCUCCAAGUUCCAUCUCUGAUGAGCGUUACUUUCACAGAAUGCAUGAUUUUAUUGGUCCAGCUAAUUUGGAUAGAAUUCAUGAACAUCAGAAUCAAAAUGCAGCUGAACCAGCUCAAGAACUUGCACCUAGCAGUACAGAAGAUGCUAUUGCUCAAUUGCGUUCCAGAAGACCUAUGAGUCGGACGGAGGUACCCCGUGAUAUUUCCUCUCAACAGAAUGACAAUGAAGACCAGGAACAUGGACUCACAAGCAAUGUUGGUCCAUCUUCUACCUUACCACAUGAUAACAUGGCCAAUGGUGACUCAUAUGGUUGGCUUACCCCAACUUCACAAGGAAAUGAAUAUCUCGAGUAUUCAUUUGAUAGCUUUUCCGAUAUGCCUUGCAGCAUUGAAGAUGAAGAAAGGAUGAUCAUGGAGGCAAUGAUAGAAUCACUCAAGGACAUGGAGAUGAGGCACCAACAAGAUGAUCACUUCAGUGUUGAUACUGGGACAUCAAAAUCAGCAUGUGACACCGAAUCCUCCACAGUUGAGCUUAAUGGGGCAGAUGACAGCACUGAAAAAUCCAUCUCAUCAAGCACCAGUUGCUCAAACAUGAAUCCUCAACCAAAUCAAGAGUCUCAAGAAAUUGAAGCAUCUUUAAAAAAGUCGGUCAGUCCAGAAUUUAGUGCUGACAGUAGUGAAGUUAGCCAAACCAACUCAGUGCAGGAUCCUAACGCAGAUGGUACACGGGCCACACUGGUUGUUCAGAAGAGCUCGACAAGCCACAUCAUGGAGGGAUUAACACGGAGAUGGGGUCUUAACUUCUUUAAGGGAAACCAAUAAGACUUGAAGGUGAUGCCCGACAGAUAUCUCUGAUAUAUGGUGGUUGCUAUGUUGUAACAAAGUAAAUAUGCACUUUAGCAGAAGUGCUCUGUUUUCAUCUCUUCACACAUUGGUUCAUUUGUUGUAGAGAUAAAAGGAAAGUAAACAUAAACUAUUUGGAGAAAUGGUACUCGAUGGAUGUGUUUUGUGAAUAUGCAUGCCCACAGGGCUGGCAGUCAGUUGUGUUGGCAGAAUACACAUUUUUCUAGUGAUUGUAAAAUAGAUUUACACCUUUGGCUCCA